AUGAACGCCAAAAGGCCAAAGUCUCCAAGAUCGGUGGAAAUAAUCUCCGGCAACGAUGAUUUGUUGCUGGAAAUAAUCCUACUCCUCCCACCAAAAACCCUUGUCAGAUUCCAAUCAGUAAGCAGACACUGGCAGUCUCUCAUCUUCGCCGCGUCUUUCGGUCGUCAACAUACCCGCCUCCACCACUGUCGCCGCCCCAAGCCUCAACCGUCUUUCCUCCUCCGCAACGUCCUCCGGUUUUUCUACUUCAACCCCAGAAGCAAGCAUUUCUUCCCGUUCAAUUUCACCUCUCCCCACACGAGAAUCCUCCAAUCCAGUAACGGGUUGUUGUUGGUGGAAUCAAGAAACUCGCCCUACGGCCGGAGAGAUUACUUGGUGUGCAAUCCCACCACGAGGCAAGCGAGAAAGCUGUCGAUCGAUCACGGGAGCGAGAAGCGGAAGAAGGCGGUUAUUUUCGGGCUUUGUUUGGCUUUUGAUCCUUCAAAAUCACCCUAUUACAACGUUGUUUGCUUGAAGGGUGCGCAGAGUUCUACCUCAAAUUACAGAGUUGAAGUUUACAAUUCCGAGUCCCAAACAUGGAAGGUUGUCGGGGAGAAUUCGAUCGCCGUCAGCGUGAAACUCUGCAACGGGAUUUACUGGAAUGAAGGAAUAUACUGGAUCCGACCCACUUCAAGAUCUUUGUAUUUGGAUCUCCGAAACGGAAACCUCGGAAACCCGCCUGGAAUCCGGACUCCCUGGAGAAAAGCUGGAGAAAUCAACAAGAAUUACAUCAUGGAAUCGAACGGACAUUUCCAUUGCCUGGCCAUGUAUUUGCGGCCCGAUAUGAAAUAUUUGAUAGUGUUCGAGUUGCUGGCAGAUGGGUCGGGUUGGUUCGAGAAGUACUGGGUGGAUUUGAACCCGAUUGCAGGGGAGAUGAAUGGGCCGGUUGGGGUGAUGGGGAUUGUAAGAGGGGAGAGGGAAGAAGAGUCGUCGGUUUUAUUUCAUGUGCCGGGGAAAAUAAUCAGUCAUAGGCUUUGUGACGGUAGUUUUGAGGUUGUAUUGGACUUGACAAGAGAUAGGAUUUACGUAGAGCAUAGGUUGCAGUUUCAACGUAACGAUGCUUAUCAGUUCAUCGAGACUUUGGCUCCUGUUUGA